CUAAAUUUAACUGGAACAUCAUACAGCCGACGGCCACGAUCUCUCUUAAUCUUCUUUGCCACGUCACUCUACUUUGGUUUCUAGAUUCCCUUUCCUCAAAAAGUACAUUCUUUUUCCAUGAUAACCACAGAUUCCGCGAAAAUUAUAACAGCUUUAAUACCCGACCCGACUUUUACUUUUGAUCAUGGAUAUUAACGGACCCUCCCGUUUUCGCCACCGGAAAACGCCGUCCACUGACAGAUUCUUAGCCGCAUAUCCACGGACAUCUGAACAGGCUUCCUCGGCCGCUGUUAACACAGCAGAUAUUGAAGAGAAUGAGCUCAACGAAGACGAUAUAUUCUCCACUGGAGACUUCUCCGAAGCAUCUAACAACCACCGCCACCAUCACCAAACCAAUAGUCCUCCCUCCUCCACCUCCUCACCUCGGAGUAAACCGGCGUUUGGUCACCUGGAUUCUUUUGGCAUCUUAGCGGCCCUCCCGGAGCAUAAAAAUAAGCCUCAUGGCUAUUUGUAUCAGAAAACAGCGAUUUCGGCAGCAUCUACGUCGUCCUCGCGUUUUAUUCCGAAACCGCCGCAAGAAAGAUUGCCAAUAAAUUCGGGUUCACAUCAACAGCCGCAGUCAGCGCCGGUGAAUGUGCCGGCGAUGGCGAUGAGGAUGAGGCCGAAGGAUUUUGAUGAGAUAGAUGAGGAUGAUGAUGAAGGAGAUGGAGAGAUGCUUCCGCCGCAUGAGAUAGUGGCGAGGGCACAGUCUCCGAUGUUGGCAUGUUCGGUGUUGGAAGGUGUUGGAAGGACGCUUAAAGGAAGAGAUCUUAGACAGUGCUUGUACUAUUCAUCAAGGACUAUGUCAACGUUAUAAGGGCGUGCUGUUAUUCUAUUGGCAGACUUCAAAUUGCCUAGCUUUAUUCACAAUAUGUGGAGAAGAUUAGAGUUCGUAAAUGCCAUUGGAUAAAUUUUAGUUUUCAUUGUACCGACCCUUGAUGAAAAUUGGUUUCAAUAACCUAUGGUUGGAAGUCUCCAGACAUGACUUUGCUGUAUUUCUUUCCACCAUAGGUAUUGGUUUCAAGCAUAAAACAGUGGGAAGCUUCCUGAUAGAUUUGUUGAGAUGGCAAAAAUUGCAAUCAACUAACUUAGGCGUGCUAAGGUCCUGUUAAUCAUCUUAAGAAAAAAUGAUUCUCUGGAAAUGCUGUUAAGGUUUACUUUUAUCAAAGGUCUAUACAAUCUUUCUUAAGUUCAUUCAGAUAGGAAGUUCUCGCUUUUGAAUAUUGUCUUUGAUCUCCUUGUCCAAAGUUAUCCAUGCCACUUAGUUGUUCUAUGUCGGGCAGUCCCUAGCAAAUGCAAUAGUUUGCUUUGGUUGACCAAGGUUGUAAAUAGCUUUUGGUUCUUUUGUUGCUAUAAUGAAAAUGCAAGACCUUGUAGUUCAACAUAAUAUAUUUCUUUGACAAUUUGUGGAAGUAAGGAAGUGAUGCCUGAUACUCUCAAAUCCUAUGGCUGUAAAAGACAUCUUCUAAGCAUCCUAUGCACUAAUAGGUUAUUUGA